UUUUUCUGCUGGAGAAAGUCUCGUGAUACAAGGGGCAAUACGAAUGCGUGACGCAAUGUGAUGGCAGGGGAGGGGAUUGCUGUGCCUCAACUGUGUAGAAAAAGAGGAGGAAACCAGGAUGGCGGAGUCACACCUCUGAAGCACACACGCAAAACAACACACAAGAAGAAGGAGAUGAUGAUGAUGAUGAUGAUGACUGGUGACCAUUCUGGCCUGAACUCUUUUGUCUAAAAAGUGGGUGGAGGGGGAUCCUUGCCAAGACAUUCAGACACAACCAUGAGGCUGGACCAAGCCAGGGGACCGUCACCACAUCUGAGGAUUCAUUCUCUGGUGGUGUUUUGAAAACACCCCCCACCUCACCUAGCUUCACCUCACCUCACCUCCCCUCACCUCCCCACCACCUCCUGCCGCCUUCUUCACCCUCCCUCCCUCCCUGCCAAACCACCUCUGCCUUCAGCCUCUGCUCUCCCAUGUCGACACGGGUGUGUACGAAGUCCUGCACGUGUCGUCGUUGUAAGACUCCUUCCUUCUGGUCUGGCACUGCUCAAUCUCUCCUGUAAAAAAAACCCAAAAAGUCCCCCUUUCCCCAAGAACACAGUCCUAAACACGGGACGGAAGGGGACAGGGACGGGACGGGACGGGACGGGAAGGGGCGGUGAAGGGACUCUGGGCUCCCCCCAUGAACAAAAAGGCGGCUGUCACCGUCUGCUUCUGCUGCUGUCACCACCACCACCACCACCACCACUACCAUGAGUAGUACUCUAGGCAAAGACAAGGACUCCAAGGACAAGGAGAAGGGCCUCUCCUCCUCGGGCGGAGGGGGCAAGGAGAGGGACAAGGAGCCCGGCAGCAAGGGUGGAGGAGGCUUCGGAGGAGGAGGAGGAGGAGGGGGCAACAAGGAGAGCGGGGGAGGAGGUGGAGGAGAACGAGGAGGUGGUAAGACCAAAGGGAAGGACUCCAAAGACGGCAAGAAGGAUGCCGGAGGGGCACCGCCCGCCGUGGCCUUCUCCGUGGACAACACCAUCAAGCGGCCCAACCCGGCACAGGGCACGCGCAAGAAGUCCAGCAACGCCGAGGUGAUCAAAGAGCUGAACAAGUGUCGCGAGGAGAGCUCCACGCGCCUGGACCUGUCCAAGCGCUCCAUCCACGUGCUGCCCAGCGCCGUGAAGGAGCUCACCCAGCUGACCGAGCUGUACCUGUACAGCAACAAGCUCCAGAGCCUGCCGGCCGAGCUGGGCUGCCUGACCAACCUGGUGACGCUGGCGCUGAGCGAGAACUCGCUCACCAGCCUGCCCGACUCGCUGGACGGCCUGCGCAAGCUGCGCAUGCUGGACCUGCGGCACAACAAGCUGCGGGAGAUCCCGGCCGUGGUGUACCGCGUGGGCUCGCUGCGCACGCUCUACCUGCGCUUCAACCGCAUCACCGCCGUGGAGAAGGAGAUCAGCAACCUGGCCGAGCUCACCAUGCUCAGCAUCCGCGAGAACAAGAUCAAGCAGCUGCCCGCCGAGAUCGGGGAGCUGUGUAACCUCAUCACGCUGGACGUCGCCCAUAACCAGUUGGAGCACCUCCCCCAGGAGAUUGGGAACUGCACACAGAUCACUAACCUUGACCUACAGCACAACGAGCUACUGGACCUCCCCGAGACAAUAGGCAAUCUGUCGAGCAUAAAUCGCUUAGGCUUGCGGUACAAUAGGCUGUCAGCAAUUCCCAGGUCGUUGGCCAUGUGCAGAGAGCUGGAGGAACUCAAUCUAGAAAACAACAACAUCUCAGUGUUACCAGAGGGUCUGCUGUCCAGCCUGGUGAACCUGACCAGCCUGACGCUGGCCCGCAACUGUUUCCAGUCCUACCCGGUGGGUGGGCCCUCGCAGUUCUCCACCAUCUACUCGCUCAACAUGGAGCACAACCGCAUCAACAAGAUCCCCUUCGGCAUCUUCUCCCGCGCCAAAGUGCUGAGCAAACUCAACAUGAAGGACAACCAGUUGACGUCGCUCCCUCUUGACUUCGGCACCUGGACGAGUAUGGUGGAGCUGAACCUGGCCACCAAUCAGCUCACCAAGAUCCCAGAGGACAUCGGCGGCCUCGUCUCGCUGGAGGUCCUUACGUUGUCCAACAAUCUCCUAAAGAAGUUGCCCAUCGGCAUCCGAAACUUGCACAAGCUCCGUGAGCUAGAUUUGGAGGAAAACAAGUUGGAGUCUUUGCCCAAUGAGAUCGCCUACCUGAAAGAUUUACAGAAACUGGUGUUGACUAAUAAUCAGCUGACGACGCUACCGCGUGGCAUCGGCCACCUGACCAACCUGACCCACCUGGGCCUCGGGGAGAACCUCCUGCAACACCUUCCAGAGGAGAUCGGUACUCUGGAGAACCUGGAGGAGCUGUACCUGAACGACAACCCCAACCUGCACAGCCUGCCCUUCGAGCUGGCCCUCUGCAGCAAGCUGUCCAUCAUGAGCAUCGAGAACUGCCCCCUCAGCCACCUGCCCCCCCAGAUCGUGGUCGGGGGGCCCUCCUUCAUCAUCCAGUUCCUCAAGAUGCAGGGCCCCUACCGCGCCAUGGUCUAAGGGCCCCCCCCCCCUUCCCAGGGGACCGGCCUUGGGGCCCCCCCUACCUAUCGGGUUAUGAUCUAAGGGUUUGGAGGGGCGCAGACUGGACAAGGACCAGAACCCUGCCUGUGCGGCGCUAUGGUCUAGUCUAGAGACUCAUCUAGACCUCUAAAGCGUGUUGUGGGUCUAGGGUCUUGAGAACGAUGGGUUCCUUAACCCUAGCGUGGUUUAAAGGAGGUCUGAAGACCGAGACCCAAAGCGCCCCCCCCAUAGCGGGGUGCCAUGGUCUAGGUCUCGAGACCCGAGCCAACCGGUUCCAUACUAGGCCAUGGUUUAGGUCUAGAGACCCAACUUGGACCGACUGUGCCCCCCCCCCUCGCCUACAGCACCCGCCAACAACCCCAUCAACACUGUCUGACACUGUACACACCAAGAGCGAACGAAAAACAACUUCUAAAAGAAAAAAAAAGUAUCUUAUUCAGACCAACUGAGGACGAAGGAAAAAAAAAAACACACAGAAUGUCGUGAGGGGGAAUGAAAAUGGUCCUACCCAAUUCAGUGCCCUAAAACAAGAGAAAGAAAGAAAAAAAGAGGUCUACUUUUUACAGAGGCUGUGGUUGUAUAGCACACAGUCUUGCUCUUGAGUGAGGAUUGACAGCCAUUUUAGUUUUUUCAGUGUCCACCCUCCAGAACCUUCUCCAUGCCAACCAACCAACCAACUCGCGCCAACCUCGGUAAAUUGACGACAACAACCCUUUGCCAAAAUUUAAAUGUACAGUGGUAUGUUUUAGUUUAGAGGCCGUCGUUUAUAUGCUAUAAAAAAUGGAUAUGAAACAUAUUGCCAAUAUAUUUAACAGUAAUUACAGUGGUAUAAUGAAUGAACAAGAAGUACAACUGUAUGCAAAAACAAAAAAUACUGUUUUUUUUUCCUUUUCUUUUUGUUUGCUGCUGCUGCCAUAACCCAUACUGUUUUCACGUUUUUCUUACCAUUAUAUAUAUUUUUAGUCCCAGUUUUUGUACAAUCACCUCUUGACUUUUAUUUGUUUGCUUUCGAGUCCAGAUGAAUUGUUGGACUGUUCAGAACAAAUAUCAUUGUUGGUGUUAAGAUUUUUACAUUGAAAAAAAAUGUGCCUAUCCAGUAUAGUUAACUGGUUAAUUUCUUAAAACAUAAUUGUCAGUGGUUACAAAGCUAUGAUUAUACACACAAGUAUAAUUUAUUCAGCGUUGUUGUUUUUCCUAUAUUGUGUUUUUAAUUAUUGUUUCAUACUUCUGUGUUGGUUUGUUUGUUUUGUUAUGUCUUUUAAUCUUGUUUUUUUUCCAAUAUUCAUUCCCUUCUCACAGGCUGGUUAACAGAGUUAGCGUGAGUCGCGCACCAUUGUACAAAACACCGCUCUUGUCCAGCGGGAGAAACUCAUUUUUCUAUUGUCAUUUCUGGGUUGAAUAGACUACAAGCUAGUCAGGCUGCGUUCACAUAAGUCCGUUUCACAAUCAAAUUUUCGUUUUUCAUUUUUUACCUCAAAUUUAUUCUGCAUCAUGGUUUCAGAGCGUGAUAACAACGGGCUUAGUUAGUGUCUGGACGAUGGACGGGCAGAAAUGUGACAACUCUCAUUAUGUCUCUGUUUACACACGGGCUAAUGUGAACGUUACAUCCUGGAGAUGUGGCCCUAUGCCUCUCUGAAAGUGAGUGGCAGCCGCAUGAAGGAGUUAGUGUAGUGUGCCGUGUGGGCUGGUCUCCCAUAAUGAAUGCCUAGCCUAGCCUAGCCUAGCCUAGCCUAGCCUAGCAGCUCUGGGGCCUAUACUAAGAAGCUGGUUCAGGAGUAAACCAGGUUAAGAAAUGAGGACUCCAGGCUCUUCUAUUACCUCUUAACUUUGUUUACUCCUGAACUCUGGUAGAGCAGCGAGAAGUGAAGGACAAGAGACCAAGAGACUGGAUGAGGUGGCAAACAUACAUGUGUGUUUCUGCGCUCACGCACGCCGAUGAUUGUUAUUGUUUUGCUUUUGUUUUGUUUUUUUGUUUUUUUGUUUUUUUCUCCAAGUGCACAGUGCUCCUAAUGUUUACGCCAAUCCCCACCCAAACCCCACACCUGCCAUAUCUUCAGUGUUUAGCUUACAGCUAUGUCACCAUUUUUUGUUUCUUUUCCUUUUCUUUUUGAAAUACACGUUUUUUGGAGUGUUAACUCUAAACAUAUCCGCCACAGAUAAAGGAGGAUUGCCGUUAAAAUACAGAAAAGCAAUUAAAGUGAGGUAGGCUAUGCCAAAACAAAAUUAAAUGACAAAGUGAUUCCAAUUGCCUGAUCUUUUUGCCCCUGGUCACUAAGUGGGGUCAUAUAAUUCAUUCAGGUUGUCAAUUUUUUUGUCGUUCAUAUUUGUGUUGAUUCCUUUUUUUUGUUCAGUUUUUUUAUUAGUCAGGUUAUUUUUUCGUAGCCAGGCCGUGCCCUCCUAGUGAGCAACUCCUUCAGUGUUGCUUCUAGUCAGGCCAAGAGCAAUACAACAUUGUUUCUGAGCUCCCGAAAAAUCGGGAACUCCUCCCACUCUGUCAGGAAGCAUACAAGUAUUUGCAAACCAAAGGAGGCAGGUCGACCACGCCGUUUGGGAAAUGUUAAUUGUUAUGCUCUUGGUCAGACCAAGUCUCGAAGAGAUUUGAAAGUCGAUGAUAAUCAGGCUAAUUUUUUCGACCCCAGAGAGUUAAAGCCUCAGUCAAUGCAUGCUUCGAAUGGGCGCUUUUUUGCAGCUUUUUUCCUCCACCUCCUUCGUCAGUUUUAUUUUGUUUUUCUUUUUUUUGUUUUGUUUUUGUUCCACACUGUCCCAUGAUGCUGCUGCUCUAAUGCACUUUUUUAACAAUCGUUGGCAUCCUCCUCCACCUCCUCCUCCUCCUCCUCCUCCUCCUCCUCUUCCUUCUUUUAACCUUCAGUAUAUGGUUGUGAAUCAAUUUCCCUAAACUCACCCCUCUUUCCUCUGUCCUCCCCCUGGCUCAUCUGUCCUCGUUGGGUGGGUUUUUGGAUGGAGCAGUGUCGCUUCAGCUAUGCAGCGUGCAUGCGCAUUUAACCAAAAUGGCAAAGUGCACAUGCUCGCUGCAUAGAAAGAGCAGCACUGCUCCAUCAAAAACGAGCCCGUUGACUUGAGUGAAGUCCUUUUUUGUAUUGGAUAUUCAUGUAACAUUUUAAAAUACAAACAUGAUCAAUCUAGCCUGGCAGGCCAGACUAUGACGGUAUCGAAAUGUGUAGUCUGUCAGACCCCAUUUUCAAAGCUUUGAGAUGGGGGAGGAUCGGGAAAUGACCUCGGGCCGGAAUCGAACCCUGGUCCCCCUGGCAUACCAGUCAGUGCCCUAACCUUUUGAGCCAAGGCCGUGGCCACAUUCCUCCAUCUUUAAGUGUUGGGCUUGACAGUAAGGGUGACUUCUCAGAUAUAUCACAUUUGUAUUUUGAAUGAUAAAUGAAUGUCCACUAUGAAACUGGCUUCACCCCAAGUUGACACUGAGGAUCGAGGCUGAAGUUCGAGUUUUGGUGAAUUGAUUUGUGCACCAUGUCUCACACCACACGUCACGCUUGUCUCAGAAGGGGGUGGGGGGAUUUUUUUUUUUUUUUUUUUGUCCUGAAGUGUUUUCUCUCUUUUUUUGUUUAUGAGCUGUUAUGUAAAUUUUUAUGUCAAAGAAUAUAUAAUUUUCCUCAACAGAUUCAAUUUUUUAAAAUUAUGUUCUAGAGCUUAAUUUUAAUUUGGGGGAGGGUCAGAUUGGGGGACUUAAUAUUCGUUGAUUUACAAAUGUAAACUUCAGCUUUGCUCUGAAGUGGUCACAUAUGUUUAUAUACCAUGAGAAAAAAAACAUAUCUUCUCGUGUACUCUUAAGUUUUUUUUCUAAGUAUUGUUAUUCAGAUUCCCGAUAUUUUAAUUGUUUUUGUAAUUAUUGUUUCCCUUUUUCUAAUGACAAAAAUGUAUGUCCUCAGUUAGUAUUAUAUCAAAAGACUGUACAUUAAAAAGAAAUCCCAUUUUAGUUUGUCAAAAACAAAUGUUUUGUAAAGGUGUUACAUCCAGAAUUUGUAUUCAGUAACGUUCUCUCUCUCUCUCUCUCUCUCUCUCUCUCUCUCUCUCUC